AUGUAAACAAUAACCAAGUUCCGUUAUCGUUGUUGUGUUGCGCCUCUUGGACUUAUCUCAGCAACUCUUACAAUGUUCAUAGGAGCAACCGAACAAACAGAGUAUUCACAUCACGCGAUCGCAUCAUUCAAAACAUAACUAUCAUUUUCGAUGUAAAUUGGUAUCGGGAUUUUUAUCUUUAUGACGAGGUGCAACCAUAAUUCCCAGAGAUUAGCAGUCUGAAAUACUUUCCAUCAACCUUAUAGUGAGAUUUGUGUUUCAAACAUUUAUAGAUUACCUAAGUUACUCAAAUUUGAACCCGUGUAGGAAAAUGGGUUCGUUUGUCCAAUUCUCGAAGGGCAAAUCCAGGAAAAAAAUAUUGAUGUUGUGCGGAAUCCUAUUUGCUCUGAUUUACGUGCUGUAUUCGUUAAACUUUGUGCCACGGUCGGAAAAUUGUUUUGCGCGGGAGUUUCCCUUCCCUAAUCUAACGCUGAUCGAUGUGCAGAAAGCAACCAUCCAACCUCUGUCGGGAAGAAAUAUUUUCUUCCACGAAACUUCCUGUUCCUCCGAUGGUGUGAUAAAACUCAACGCACGGCAAGCGUGUGCCAUAGAAUCGGCCGCCCGAACCAAUCCGAACUGGAAAGUGUUUGCUCUGUUUGCGGCCCCGGUUGGAUUUCGUAAUAAAACCGAACUACCCCUGCUGGAUGCGUUGCACCACUACUCGAAUAUUAAUCUACGAUUUGUCAACCUUACGACCUACGCCAGAGAUACUCCGCUGGCGGAGUGGAUGCAGAGUGGCGAAAUUUUUCGGUCCAAGUAUAUGAACUCGCACCUGUCCGAUAUAAUGCGCUACCUCACGCUGUACAAGUACGGUGGUACCUAUUUGGAUCUGGAUGUGAUCGUGCUUAGAUCCUUCGACGAGCUGGAACCGAACUAUGCCGGGGCGGAAUCGUCUCGGUGGGUGGCCGCCGGGGUGCUGAACUUCGAGUCGGAAGGACACGGCCAUCAACUGGCGGAGAUGUGCCUCAGAGAUUUGCUGAUCAAUUUCAACGGGCAGGACUGGGGCAACAACGGACCGGGCGUGAUUACCAGGGUGCUGAAAAGAGUCUGCAGCACCCAAUCAAUAUUGUUGAUGAACAGACAGCGCUGUGGGAACAUCACCGUCUAUCCACCGCAGGCUUUCUACGCCAUUAACUUCGACGAUUAUUUGCAGUUUUUCGAGGAACGAUGGCUGGAGCAGGCGUUGGCCACCGUCAACCGAUCGGUUGUAGUGCACGUUUGGAAUAAAUUCAGCAAGGAUAAAAAGAUACGGGUUGGCUCUCAGGUUGCUUACGGGGUGCUUGCGGAACGCUACUGUCCACUUGUUUACAAAGCGAGUGGAAAAUUUUUCUAAUUUGAAAAGUAUUCCGUUUUUCUAAUCAGGCCGGUGCUUAGGAUUCUGUAAUAAUCCGAUAUGGUAGAAAGUGUAGAAAGUAAAGUAAUUGGUCCAACCAUUCUCAGUAUUGGAAAGAGAAAUUCGGUUACGUAACUUAAAAUCAUCAAUUAAAUUCCCUUGAACCACAUCACAAUCAUAGCUUAGCCCGACAUAUUUUGCAAUCAAACAUAAUGUGUUGAGAUUUUGGUGAUGCAUUGUUACAGUAAAUGUUUGAAAAAGUUUCGGUUUUUGACGCCCGAUUGUUCUAAAUUAAUUGAUUGCAUCAAUUUUGUACUUAUUUGCAGUUUUGUACAACUUCUGUGAAAUUUCCGGAUAGAAGGUCCACACCUCAACGAGAACAUGUGUAACUUUGAAGACGCAUUUUCAAUUAUUUCCUAACUCAAAUUUCUAACUAAUUGUAUAAUUGCGCUUAUUUAAUGCUCGAUUCAAGCUCGACGCUUACAAGACAUCUUAAAUACCUACGUAAUACAUACGAACGAACUUCAUCAGAAUACGCUCGAAAUUCCAUUAUCUCUUUCGACAUAAUUUUGCCGCCAAACGUACCUUUCACGUUCGACGCUAGUGAAAAAUCAGUAUUUAUAAUAAGACAUCCUGUAGGUUAGCAGUACAUUCGUAAUUCCCAGUCUUGGAAUUUUUUCACUGCAAUGUUGACCACAUUUUCUGUUCUGAGUUUUUAGUUUUCACGACAAAAGCCAAAAGAGGUCUAUGUUCUGAAUCCGAAUUCAGAAUAAAGAAAUAUGUAUAACCAAAAAUUUAAAAAAAAAAUGCGGUGAAACUUUCACGAAAACAGUUAAGAAAUAAUAACAUCACAAUCCCAAGUGUACUACCACAAAAAAAAAAAAACAAAAAGCAACAGUAACAUUUACUUCAAAAUUUCUAAAUCGUUAAAUAUAUCUUUUUUAUUUGAUAAAAUCACAGUUUUGGGAAAAUCAUAACAGUUAAAUCAACUCCAUCAACAACACUAGCAAGUACUAAAACAGAUACCAAAAAUUAAAGAAAAGAUUUUUCAUGCUAAUACCUAAACAUGAAUUGUAUCGUUUUUUUUUUUUUCAAAUAUAUUGAAUUUGAACUCGUACCAAACAAACUUA